GUUGCCUUGUUUCCUCUCAACUCCACUUUUGGUGCCAAGGAAAUCAAAAACAGAGUAACCGAAGGGAACGCGACUGGAGUUACUUUAGCUCCCGGGCCUGACGGGGUACUUGGUGGCUCGCACGAAUUUUCCGGAUCUCCCAACAGUUUUAUCGAGUUUCCUAACAGCGAAGGGGGACCACUGGACAUUCGUUACUCCAUUACAAUGCUUUGUUGGGUGUACUACAGUGGCCAAGACGGACCUCUCUUUAACUACGGGCCCAAUGGAGCCUGGGGAGUACACCUAUGGGCGGUUAAUGGUCAACUGUUUGUUCGCUUCACAAAACGCGACUACUCGUUUACCCCCUCCCUAUUGCACACCGCUCUAGCGGGUGGAUGGAAGUUUGUUGGCGCUACAUACGACCGCAGUACCGGUGAUGCAAAACUAUGGGUCGAUGGAUUCGUAGUUCAGACUCUGAACAUUGGAGCAGGACUGGACCUAGCCACUCAGGACAGCAUAAGGAUGGGAGCAAAGAAUUAUGAUGACAGGUACUUCAAAGGAAGGAUCGCUCAUAUGCAGGUAUAUGACAAGGCCUUAACUCGGGAACAAAUACAAGUGAUACAGCAACAAACUCAAUUUGUCGGUGAGUAUGUGUCGAGUACAAAAAAAUGUCCAGUGGAAGCACUCGCGUUUCGGGUACCAAGUUGGUUAUUAUACACUUAA